UUGCGGAUUGCAUCCUAAUCGCAAAAUGAGUCAAACCAACCAAAAAACAUGUGAAAAGAAAUUAAAAAUAGCCGAACAGAAAGUUAUUAAAAUUCUCAAUAAAAUUGAAUCCUUAAAAUUAAAUAAUUCGUAUAUUUCCCAAUUGGAUUUUCAAGAUAAAGUGAAUGGGUAUAAAUUAAAAAUUGGAUAUACAAAGUGUAACAUUGUCUUAUCCUUCAUAAUUCUGAUGAUUUCAUUACUAAGUGUGAAAUGGUUCUAUGGUGAAUUUACGACAAAGAACUGCGCAGUGGAGCUACCUUCCAAUUCGAAAUCUCUGUUCCGACCGCCAGAGGACUGUUCCAUGUGCAUCGGAGUGGACGAGGUGGUUCGCCUCUCGAACGUAUCCGCGCAAGAGUUCGAGGAGUCGUACGCAUAUGGAGCUACCCCUGUCAUAGUUACAGAUGCUACUGCCAAUUGGAAAGCUAUUGAAAACUUCACUUUCCAAUUUUUCGCGAACUUCUACCGGACAGGCAAAAUGGGCACACAGAUAAACGACUGCUUCUAUUUCGCGUACAAAUCAGGAUUGCAGUCCUUACAAGAUGUGUUCAACAUGGACGAGAGCAGAGCCAACCUGACUGGAGAGCCGUGGUACGUUGGGUGGAGCACGUGCUACGACGAGGAAACCAGGAAAUUGAGAACAUUCUACAGUCGACCGUACUUCCUACCGACGACAGCGGAGAGCGAUAUGGUGGACUGGAUCUUCAUGGGUGGGCCGGGACAGGGCGCGCAUAUGCACGUGGACUCCGUGAAGCACAUGUCGUGGCAGGCGCAGAUCCGUGGCCGCAAGCAGUGGGAGCUGGCGCCGCCGCCCGAGUGCCUCUACCAUUGUAAGUGGAUCACCUUCACUGUGUCACCAGGGGAGAUACUGGUGGUGGACACGAAUAGAUGGUAUCACAAAACCAACGUGUUGCCAGGCGAUAUCAGCAUCACCAUCGGGGCGGAGUACGACUGAACUCGAUCACCAGCUUCAAAUAUUUAGUAUAAUGUUGUAUGUUUUAAAAGGCCUUUUUAAAAGGCAGGCAGCACACCUGCAAUGCCGCUGGUGUUGUGGGUGAUCAUGGGCGGCGGUAGUCACUUACAAUCAGGUGAGCCGCAUGCUCGU